AUGGAAUUGAACUGCACUUACCUGAUUGUUGGAGGAGGAAUUGCAGGCGUUUCUUGUGCCGAGGCGUUGGCUUUUCUGGCGGAUCCCAGCGAUAGCAUUAUUCUGAUCACAGAAUCAGCGAUGGUUAAAGCUACUGUCAACCCAGUGCCACUGGGAAAAGUACUAACGCAGUUUGAAGUACAAGAAAAGAGGGCUGAUACAUUAGGUCACAGCAUACAAGCUUUGGAAGAUCAAUUGCAAAGAAUCGAGAGUGAUGCCAAAUAUGUAAAAACGUCCAAUGGCAAUAGAAUAAACUACAGAUAUCUGUGCGUGUGUACCGGAGCCCGGCCGAAAUUAAUCGAACAGGCUGGCGGGAAUCCCAACGUUAUAGGGAUUCGAGAUACGGAAUCGGUGCAGGAAUUCCGGGAGCGGAUCAAAUGCGCAACUCGACUGGUUGUUGUCGGAAAUGGAGGUAUUGCUUCGGAAAUAGUAUACGAGAUAAGUGGUGUCGAGAUUCAUUGGGUUGUUAAAGAUGAUUACAUCAGUUCUACAUUUGUGGACUCUGCUGCAGCUCGAUUUUUUCAAGAGCGAUUAACCUGCAAAGGAGAGGAAAAGUCCAUCGUGAAACGAAUGAGAUAUUCCGAACAAAAGGCCGAACUCAGCGUUGCGAAGCAUGGUGCCGCACUGGGACCAGAUUGGCAUCGCACUGUAAACAUCGUUGGGAAGCUAGAGAAUGUCCCAAGCUCUGUGAAGAUUCAUUAUUCCGCUGAGAUUGAGGAAAUUAUGCCACAGAGCAAAGGAUUUCCCUUGAAGCUACGCUUGUCUAAUGGGGACGAAGUUGAGUGCGACUUGAUAGUGUCCGCGACGGGAGUAACUCCGGCAGCUAACUUCACUUCGGACCACGAAUUCAAGCUGGGACCAGAUGGGGGAUUGUUUGUGAACUGGGAAAUGGAAACUUCACUGAAGAACGUGUUUGCCGCUGGAGAUAUUUGUUACGCUGGUUGGGAGCAUGCUCGGCACUGGUUUCAGAUGCGACUGUGGACGCAAGCCCGGCAAAUGGGUGCAAUGGCUGCACGGGCGAUGGCAGCCAGACGAGCUGGCGAAACGAUAUAUCAGGAUUUCUGCUUCGAAAUGUUCAACCAUGUGACGCAACUUUUCGGAUACCAAGUUGUUCUGCUGGGUCGUUACAACGGGCAAGGUUUGAACGACAAAUAUGAGGUGUUACUGCGGAUGACACCGGGACUGGAAUAUAUCAAAUUCGUGCUUGUCGAUGGUCGGCUUCAGGGCGCUAUGCUUAUCGGAGAAACGGGAUUGGAGGAGACUAGCGAAAAUUUGAUCCUAAAUCAAUUGGAUCUGACUCCGUACGGAGAUGAUCUGCUGGAUCCAAACAUUGAUAUCGAAGAUUAUUUUGAUUGAAGACGCUGAUUGGUUUUGUUCAUUUUUUUCUAUUGAUGGAAUAAAAAAUAUAUGUGUAUUACACAAA